GAUGCCUUUCCAUUGAGUUGACAUACAUGCAAGUGUAUACAAAAUAAAGCCAAAACAAGUGGAAUUUUUUGACUGUCUAACGAGUUAUAUAUAAGUACCCUUCUCCACUGAAUCUUGAUCCACCAAAUUAUAAGAAACUCAAGUAAUUAAGAAGAAAUGGAGAAGAAACUGAAACAAGGUUCCACUCAUGAUCAUAAUGAAACUUUCUGUAACAUUGAAGGAGUUAAUGAAGUGUUGAUGGCAAAUCUCAACAAAGAUGAUGACCGGCCCGUCAUUUCCCUUGGCCUAGGCGAUCCCUCGGUUUUUCAGUGCUUUCGGACCACGGCGUUAGCCGAUGAUGCUAUUGUUGAUGCUGUACGAUCAGCUAAGUUCAAUGGUUAUGCUCCUAUCUUUGGUAUUCCUCCUGCAAGAAGGGCAAUUGCAGAAUUUCUCUCUCGUGAUCUUAAUUCGAGUCAAUUUUCAGCAGAUGAUGUUUAUGUUACAGUUGGCUGCGCACAUGCAAUUGAAAUAAUGAUAUCAGUCCUUGCUCCUCCUGGUGCAAAUAUUCUUCUUCCUAGGCCAGGUUACCCGAUCUAUGAAUCUUGUGCAGCUUUUAGUAAACUAGAAGUACGCCAUUUUGAUCUUAUACCAGAAAAAGGAUGGGAAAUUGAUCUUGAUGCAGUUGAAUCUCUAGCAGAUGAAAACACUGCUGCCAUUGUUAUCAUAAACCCUUGCAACACUUGUGGAAAUGUCUUCACAUACCAGCAAUUGAAAAAGGUGGCAGAGACAGCACGAAAGCUUGGAAUAUUUGUGAUUGCUGAUGAAGUUUUUGGGCAUCUUGUUUAUGGGAACACACCAUUCGUACCUAUGGGACAGUUUGGAUCCAUUGUACCUGUAGUUACAUUGGGAUCUCUAUCAAAGAGAUGGAUUCUUCCUGGUUGGAGGCUUGGUUGGAUUGCCACCACCGAUCCUCAUGGCAUCCUUCAAAAAUCUGGGAUUGUGGACGACAUUAAGAAUUAUCUCAAUAUCUCCACCUUUCCCGCAACCUUUAUUCAGGGGGCCAUUCCUCAAAUCUUAGAGACUCUAAAAGAAGAUUUUUAUUCCAGUAUUCUCAACACCAUAAAAGAAGCUGCGGACAUUUUUUACAGUAAAAUCAAGGACAUCCCUUGCAUUGCUUGCCAACAAAAACAUGAAGGCUCCAUGUCUGUGAUGAUAAAGUUAAACCUAUCAUUACUUGAAGGAAUUAGAGAUGAUAUGGAUUUUAGUCUGAAGCUGGCCAAAGAGGAAUCUGUGAUUGUUCUACCAGGAACUUAGAUAACAGUGUAUUAACUUUUACCUUAGUGCUUCCUUACGCAUUUGUCUAGAAUCAUUUAAUACCCUAUGUUUAGUACGAUUUCUUUCUUAAUUAAGAAGCCAAUAAUAUAAAUUGAAAUGCCUAUUAAUAUGUCCUACACAUAGGACAUUUAUAUAUGAGUUUUGACCUUCAAAUAUUCUUCACAUUUAUAUAUGCCCAAAUUUCCAGAUUUGGGUGGCCGCUUAAAAUUAUACAUAAGACAUUUCUGAUUAGCUUUUUCUAGUAUUAUCUGUUUAGACUUUAGAGUUCAGACUAUGAUAAGUUGAUUGGUAGUUCAUGGGCAGUGAUGAAUCGCUUUCUCCAAAAAUCUAAUCUGCGUGUGGUGCAUGAUAAUGCAGGGGUGGCCGUUGGAUUGAAAAAUUGGGUACGCAUAAAUAUUGCAGUUGAACCCACCUGUCUUGGAGAAGGGCUUGCCAGGAUCAAGGCCUUCUGUCAUAGACAUGCCAAGAAGCAGUAAACUUAAUUAAUUAUGUGCUUAUUAGAGCUUAAUUAGAGUCAUUAGUUCGCUAAUAUAUUCUUUUGUAAUCUAGAAUGUGAAUACGGCACCUUGGUUCACAUGCUAUAG